ACAGAGAGGGGAGGAUCUGUGGAGCAGCAGACAGACGCAACACUAGCAGCGCGAAGUUCACCGAGAGUCACUAGAGGAAGAGCAGCUCUGGCAGCAGGUGGCACUUUGUAUGUUCACUGUCAGGGCGGUUUGGCAGCUCACUCAGAGGGAAUCAAACUUUUACUAACAGCAACAUGUCAAAGCUCCGACCCAGACUGUGUGCGAUGACUAAAGGACCCGACGGCUAUGGGUUCCACCUGCAUGGAGAAAAGGGCAAGAGCGGCCAGUUCGUGCGGCUGGUGGAGGACGACACUCCCGCCUCCGAGGCCGGACUGGUCGCGGGGGACCAGCUGGUGUUCGUGAACGGGGACAGCGUGGUGGGAGAGAGCCACCAGCAGGUGGUGGCCCGGAUACGGGCGACGAUCGGGGCUUUGGAGCUCAUCGUGGUGGACGUGGAGACGGCGGAGUUGCUGAAGAAACACAACCUGGAGUGCCGGCAAGAGUUCGUCACCGAGGGAAUCCCCCUGCCAGGCGGAGACAGCGACUCAGACGCUCAGAGCAACGGAACCCCGAGAGGGUUCAGCCCGGUCCGCUGGGAGAACGGGGAUGCUGCCACGGAGAAGUCGGAGAGGCUGAGUGUCAGCUCCAUCACCAAGGAUGACCAAGAUGGACUGCGGCCUCGUCUAUGUCACAUAAAGAAGGGUCCCAAUGGCUACGGCUUCAACCUGCACAGUGACAAGGCCAAACCAGGCCAGUUCAUCAGAGCUGUGGAUGACGACUCUCCAGCACAGAGGGCCGGCCUCAGACCGAAGGACAGAAUCAUCCAGGUCAAUGGUAUGUCAGUGAUUGGAAUGCAGCACUCUGAGGUGGUGGCUGCCAUCAAAGAUGGAGGAGAUGAGACCAAGCUGCUUGUGGCCAGCGCUGAGACGGAGGAGUUCUUCAGGAGAUGCAAGGUCAUGCCUUCUGAAGAACAUGUCACUGGACCUCUGCCUGAACCUGCAUCAGAGGAUGAGGAGGAGGUUGCAGAAAAGCCUAGAGAAUCUGUGAGCUCUUCAGUCUCCAGUGCAGAAUCCAAUAACUCCCUGCCUAAAGAGGCUGAAAAGAGCCCUGACACGGACCCGGCGGCUGACAGCCUGGGUCUGGGCCUGUCCCUCGCCCAGGCCAGAGAAAGGGCCCAUCAGAAACGAGCUGCCAAGAAAGCCCCGACCAUGGACUGGAGCAAGAGGAACGAACUGUUCAGCAACUUGUAAACGUCAUUCUAUCCGUCUGCAGCCCGCUCUGUGCUGCCCUUCACUGGUGAACUGAGAGAGAAAAUCAGCCUCUGCUCUUAAGAUCCCACACAUCCGGUGGAAGACACACAGUAGUGAGCUCAUUUUAACCCUCCUGUUGUCCUCAUUUACCAAAAAAUCUUGUUUCCCUGUCUGAAGAAAAUCCAAAAAUUCAGCAAAAAAAAUCCUCAAAUUUCUGAAAAUUUGCAAAACCUUCAGGAAGAAAAUUCCAAUAAUUCCUUCAAAAAAUGUAUUUAAAAAAAUCCCCCAAAUUUGGCGAGAAUUUUUUUGUAAAUAUUUUCAAAAAAUGUGUAAAAUCUUCCAAAAAAAAUCCUAAAAAUAUCUAAAGUUAUUACAUAUAUAUCAGUAAAACUUCUAAUAUUCUCUUAAGAACAUUCACAUAAAAAUCAACCCAAAUCCAGCGAAAUUCACUGGAUUUGGGUUGAUUUUUAUGUGAAUGUUCUUAAAGAAACAUUUUUAGCAUUUCUUUUUUCCACCAGAAAAAGUUUAAAGAUUUCCAAAAAGUGUUGUAAAUGUGGACACCAGAAGUUUCACUGGAAAAAUAUUCCCCCCCACCAUUUUCAAACUUUAAAACAGAUCAAUUUUGACCCACAGGACAACACAAGGGUUAAACUCCCCAUGUUAAACAGUAUUAUAUGAUGAUUUUAUUGUUUUAAUUUAGGGUUUGGACACUCUUCUUUCUUUUAUGUUUUAAUGAUGGUUGAAAUGUCUGCCUCAGAAUGUUAAUAUAUUAAGAAGAGCAGAACUAGAAAUGUACAGUUUCUCAUGAAAAGCAGCGUGUAAGGAAUAACGGCACACAGGGAAAUUAUCGGCAGACAGUUUUAAAUUUCGAGUGAAAGAAUAUAUAUUUUCUCCUGGUACACCAUCUGAGAAUCAACAGCGUGUCUUAUCGCGUCUUAAGCUGGCUGAAAGCACCAUGUAGAUUUUAGAAUGAUGUCUGUCCAGCCAUCUUUCCCUCCAGAGGUUCUGUCCUGAUGCGUAACUGAAAGAAAUGAACGAUUAUUUUUCAUGUUGCGCUCGAUGAAUUUGUACAUACAUGAAUAAAUGAUUUAAAAGCCAAUUGUAUUUUGACUGACUCGAAGAAUGUGAAUUUCUACUUUUCUGUUGAUUCUAAUGAAAAAACUUGAAUUUUAAAGCUGCACCUGUUGGUCUGAGUGUUGGCAACUCUCAAACUUUGGAAAUAGACAAUAUGUACUGCUGGCUCUGUGCUGUAGAAUGUAUUGAUGAGAAUUGACAAAUAUAGCAUUUGGAUCAAAUGGA